UUCACACUGAGGGACUGGUGUGUGUUCAGAAGAAUCAGUAAUGAUGAAGUGUUUAUAUCUUUUGUAUGUCAUAUUUCCCGUCACUGCAGGCUGUUAUCUCUCUGCUCAAACUAAACAUGUUUACAUUGGACUCCCUGGUGGUUCAGUUCUGUUACUCUGCUCCUGCUCUGACCUGCACACCAAACCUCACACAUUCACCUGGAUGUCCUACAGAACAGGAGGUCUGACUGACGUGUUAAAUGAUGAACACUACCGUGGCAGACUUCAGCUGUUUAAUAACACUUCUCCUGGUAAUCUGUCUCUGCUCAUAUCUGACCUGAGAGAAGAGGAUGCAGUAGACUACAGGUGCAUCACUGAGAAGGGAUACAUAGACAUGAGGAUUUCUGGUAAAGGCUGUGAUCUCUCUGGUGAUAAACAUCAGGUAGUUAUCAAUGGACACCCUGGUGGUUCAGUUCUGUUACCCUGCUCCUGCUCUGACCUGCACACCAAUCCUCAGAUAUUCACCUGGACGACUAAAAGAACAGGACACUGGACUGACGUGUUAAAAGAUGAGCUCUAUCGUGACAGACUUCAGCUGUUUAAUCACAUUUCUCCUGGUAAUCUGUCUCUGCUCAUAUCUGACCUGAGAGAAGAGGAUCAGAGAGUCUACAGGUGCAGCACUGGAUUAAAGGAAUACAGAGACAUCAGGAUUAAUGUUAAAGGAGGAAGAAGAGAAACUUCAACACGCUCAGGGACAACAGACAGAAGACCUCCAUCAGAACAGCCUCCAAGAACAUGUGGAGAGAACGUGAUUACUGAAGGACGUCCGGACUGUAAGGGAAAGCCAACAGAUCAGCCUGAACCUGAUCUUGUCACUUUCUGUAUUAAAUAACACAUUAACACAGCCGGAGCAGCUCAGGUCCAGAUUAACACUGGAGAGAAAACUGAGUACACCAACAUUAUAACAAACUAAUCUGAUGUAAAUAUUCUCAGAUAUUAUAGAAUAAUGCUGAAAACAUAAUAAAUACAUGCCGUGGUCAAGCACAAGAUUUAUUCUGGUGGGAUUUUUAUGUGUGUUUAAUUUUACUGUUAAAAAAAGGGAAAAUGUUCCAGAUAAUUACUUCAUAUUCACCUUCAUUAUAUUAGCUAAGGGUAUUGUUCUGCAUUCACUUUUUCUGUUAAUCAUUAAAAACAGCUGAUGGAUAAAUUUGCAAACUAUAUUUUGAGUGUUUGUGACAUUUUUCUCAUCUUAUGUGUCCCAUUCUUACAUAUAUCAGGUUAAGAAAUGAAUGUGCUAGAAGGCUUUUGUGUAAAUCGGCUUGUGUAAGAAGUUCUUGUUUGUGACUUGUUAAAACCUUGAGCAAAAAUAAAAAGAUUGUUAAAUU